CCGGGCAGUGGUGGGCGCUGGGCCUAGCGGCGCGAGCCUCGUGGGCCGCGGGCCAGGCAGGCGGCCGGGGAGCGCCGAGGGCCGCGGCGCCAGGGGGACGUGUGUGCCGGCGGCGGGGGCGCGGCCCGCGGGGCUGGGAGGCGGCCGGCGCGGCCUGAGGACUGCGGGCGGCGAGCGGGGCCUGGGCGCGCCUCAGAGAGCGAGACGCCGCCCGGCUGCGGGCGCCCGCGGGUCCCUUAGGGCAGUUUGGGAGGAGGGGCAGAGGAGACCAGGGCAGGCGCGGCACGAAGGUGCUGUAGCCCGGGGAGAGUUCUUUUCGUUUGUAAGCGAAGUGAGAGGCCACUGGAGUUCGAGCAGGGGAGGGACAUCUUAGAUGACCAGAGUAUCAGCACCGUAAUGACCAUAGCCGGAAUAAUGUUACUUCUAAGAAGUGUUCGAAUGACAUCAAAGUUUACGAGUUCUUCAGAUAUUCCACUAGAAUUUGUAAGGAGGAAUGUUAAACUUCGUGGACGAGUACGCCGAAUAACUGAGAAUGGUUUAGAAAUUGAGCAUAUUCCCAUUACUUUACCUAUUAUAUCUUCUUGGAGAAAAGAGCCAUGUGGUGUUCUGCUGGUUAAAUUGGCCGGAGUAGAACUCACUGAAUCUGGGAAAGUGUGGUUGCAAAAAGAGCUAAAACCUUCCCAACUACUAUGGUUCCAACUUCUUGGAAAGGAGAAUUCAGCACUGUUUUGCUAUCUUUUAGUGAAUAAGGGUAGAUAUUUUAAUGUGAAUCUGAAUGAAGAAAUUUUGAGAAGAGGCCUUGGCAAAACCGUUCUUGUUAAAGGGCUAAAUUAUGAUUCUAAAAUCUAUUGGAAAAUUCACAGAAACUUACUUAAAGCUGAAUUAACAGCCUUGAAAAAAGGAGAAGGAAUGUGGAAGGAAGAAUCUGAAAAGGAAACUUACUUGGAAAAAUUCAAAGGUUCCUGGAGAGAAAUAUGGAAAAAAGACAGUUAUUUAAAAAAAAUUGGAUCAGAUUUCAACUUGAAAAAAGAAAGUUAUUAUGACAAAUUUAGACAGACUUAUGAAACAUGGAAAGACAGCAUGAAUAAGUACUCUUUACUACUGAAGUUCAGAGAACUUAUAAGUCGCAUACACUUUCGUAGAAAAGGGUGAAAUAUUCCAAGAGGGCUGGAGGUGAUCUACUCUGAAAGGAGCAAAAUAUGUAAAUAUAUAGAUAUGUUUCAUUGAGUUGAAAUGGAAAUUUCAUCAGUGAUCAAAGGUGCAUUCUAAUGGCAUUUAAAUAUUUCAGAGAUGCUUAUUAUAAAUGUAAUAUCAGAAUAAUUUAAACAAAUUAUGAUUCAUGUAAUAGGCUUUUAGGAAAAAUGAAAAUUUUAUUAAAGGUUACCAGGUUGGAGGAUAUACAUGUUGUGCUAAUAUUUGAAGAGAGAGUUUAACUAUUGGCCAAAUAGUGUUCUUUUAGUUAUUUUGGGAAGCCAUAUUUAAUUUUGUUUAAAAGGAAUGUUUUUAAAAAUUUUAUCAGUUUUACUUGCUUAUAAUAAAGGACUCUCUUCAUA